GCUCCGUUGACGUUCAUCUCUGACAGGCGCAUCACUAGUGGAAUCUGGUCGCGUGCACGGUUCGACUUCAUUGUGCUUUACUACGGAGCCAAAGCGACAGUUGCGCAUUGCAGCCAAAGCAAGAACAGCAGAGCGCGCUCCUCAUCCGAGUGGAUAUAUUACACGGAAGCAACAGAUCCGAGAUGGACACAAUGACCCUCAACCACUCUGCUGCCAACCUGAGCUGGCAAAACUGCACACUGUUGCCGUAUUACAUCCACUCGGCGGGGAUGGCGGUCAGCUACAUCCUCUCGUAUCUGCUGGUGUUGCUGCUGUGUGUGGUGGGCAACGGGCUGGUCUGUCUGGUGGUCAUCAGGAACAGAAACAUGCGCUCCGUCACUAAUCUCUUCAUCCUCAACCUGGCCGUCAGCGACCUGCUGGUGGGCAUUUUCUGCGUGCCCACCACACUGAUUGACAGCCUCAUCUCAGGUUGGCCUUUUAGCCAGAUCACCUGCACUAUGAGUAACCUGGUUCAGGGCAUGUCCGUGUCUGCUUCUGUCUUCACCCUGGUUGCCAUAGCAGUAGACAGAUUUACAGGGAUCGUCUACCCUUUCCACCACCGCCUGCGUCCGGUCACGGCCCUCUUUGCCAUCGUUUUCAUCUGGCUGCUCGCCUUCGCCAUCAUCUUUCCUUCCGCCGCCACUCUCACCGUCAUCCACCUGGACGACAUGUACAUGGUGCAAAACGACCAGAUCUACCCCCUGUUCGUGUGCUUCGAGGACUGGCCCAGGGCUGACAUGCGGCGCGUCUACACCACCGUCAUCUUCGUCCACGUUUACCUGGCGCCGCUCGGCCUCAUCAGCAUCAUGUACGGCUGCAUCGCAGCCAAACUCUCCAGCAACCUCCAGGAGAACCGUUUACGCUCCAGACGGAGGAUGAAGGUGAUAAAGAUGCUAAUAAUGGUGGCAGUGCUCUUCAUGGUGUCCUGGCUGCCGCUCUGGACACUGAUGCUCCUCACGGAUUAUCAGGAUCUGGACCGCCAGCAGAUCGAUUUUCUGAGCAGCUAUCUGUUCCCUGUGGCGCACUGGCUGGCGUUCUUCAACAGCGGCGUCAAUCCCAUCAUCUACGGCUUUUUCAAUGAGAAUUUUCGCAGGGGUUUUCAGGCCGCCGUGGCUUGUGGGUUCUGCAGUUCUGUGGCAUCAGAGAUGCGACACACGCAUUUCGUUCUGCCACCCCCUAACAAAGUGUCCGACGGGAGUCGCGGGGUGACCAGCGGGAGGAAAGAGCGAUGUUUUCCGGUGAUACCUCACGGGGCGGCUCAUGGGAUUCAAGGGAUUCUUUUGGAGGAUAUGAACGGGACGGUUGCUUCACACAGGGUGCUCGGAGCAUGGAUGGAGUGAAUGGUGCAGUUUAGGGCUGAACAAUACAUCGGUUGAGCAUUGAUAUUGCAAUGUGUGGUACAUAUUUAUUAUAGUACACAUGGAAUCAAAACUAAACAUCGGUUUUGUUAGCUCACUUUGCAAGAAGUCUGGUCUAGAUUUGGUAUGAAGCUAGCACAGCAGGCACUGGCAUACAGCAUUUGGGCCAAACGGUGGCACCAUCUUUAAAGGU